GACAGUCAGUAAGUUCCACAUAAGCGCUUGGUGGCUGACAACACCGCCAAGAUACGUGGCCCGUGUAUAUUCUGCUGGUCGUGUUCUUGUUUAUAUUUUUUACUAGAAAAUAUCGUGAAAAAACACUCCAUAAGCCGUACACGGCUUAACCAACACCAUGAAUCCACAAUACCUGCCCCCAGGUCCGAACAACAAUGCACCAAACAACCCUCUCAGCCCCGACUACAACGGAGUCCACAACGCUAACAUGUACAGCCAGAACGGGCCACAUAAACCAUACGACAGCGAUAUGGCCCAGAAAAUGCAGGGCAUGAACUUGAACGGACCUCAGGGCUUUACUCAAGUACCUCCCGGUCAAUUACCACCUGGACAAUUCCCGCCAACAUCUAACAUUGGUGGACAGCCCGGAUUCCGGCCGCCAAGUGCAGGACAGUUCCCUCCGAGACCUAUGCCUGGGCAGCCACCGCAAAGUCAGACACCUAAUUUAGAAAACAGGUCAUUCCCGCAAGGACCUAUGCAAAAACCGCCUAGUCAGCAAGGUCCUGGGCCGAUGCCAAAUCGCCAAGCUCCUGGUCCUAUGGGGCCUCAAGGGCAGCUCCCGCCUGGUCAUCCUGGUAUGCCACCAAGCUCGCAGCCAGGUCAAAUGCCCCCAGGGCAAGGCCCUCCAAGUCAGUUUGGCCCGCUGGGGCAAGGCCCACCUGGCCAAGGCCCACCUGGCCAAUUACCUCCAGGACAGAUGCCUCCUAGUUCUCAGGGUCAUGGUCUGCCUCCUACAUCACAGGGCCCCCCUCAUAUGCCUCCUGGUCCUCAACCUGGUCAGUUACCACCAGGCCAACAGAGCCAACCUGAUCAAGGACCACCCGGACAAAUCCAUAGACCAGGACAGCCUCCAAGUUCUCAAGCUCAGAUGCCUCCACACAGUCAGCCAGGACCUCAAGGGCUUAUGGGUCCUGGACCUAAAUCUAUGGAACCACCAAUGCCUGGGCAACCACCAAUGUCUCAGCAACCACAAAUGCCUGGACAGCCACCAAUGUCUCAUCAACCACAAAUGCCUGGACAGCCACCAAUGCCACAACAAAUACCAGGGCAACCACCAAUCCCAGGUCAACCACUGAUGUCCCAGCAACAACAAAUGCAAGGUCAACCACCACACCCAGGUCAACCCCCAAUGCCGCAACAAAUGCCAGGGCAACCACCAAUGUCCCAGCAAUCGCAAAUGCCAGGGCAACCACCAAUGCCUCAACAAAGGCAACCCGGCAUGCCACCGUUUGGAGCGCCGCAGUUCCCUCAACAACCAUCCCAAACGGGAUUACCCCCUCAACCUGGGCAACCACCAAUGCCUGGUCAACCCCAAGUUCCUGGGCAACCACCACAGAUGCCUGGGCAGCCACCACAGAUGCCUGGCCAACCGUCAAUGCCUGGGCAACCACCGAUGCCUGGCCAGCGUCAACCAGGAAUACCACCUCAGCCCGGCGUUCAGCAACCGCCAACAUCGCAAUUUAGCCAGUAUUCUGCUUCGUUGCCUGGUAUGCCCCACAUGCCGCCACCGCUGCAGAAGGGCCCUUAUGGUCAACCUCCUAUGCCUGGUCAAACUCCAAUGCCAGGGCAAAUGCCUGGACAACCACCAAUGCCCGGACAACCAAUGCCUGGACAACCGCCCAUGUCUGGACAACCGCCAAUGCAGCCAAUGAUGGCCCAGCAGAUGGGUCAACCGCCCAUGCCUAUGCCGGGGCAACCACCGAUGCCCGGCCAACCGCCGAUGCAGCAAGGGUACCAGCAACCGCAAUCUGGGUACCCGCCACAGUACCAGCAUCAACCCCCGUUCCCCGCUCAGCAGCCAGGGUACCCGGGCCAGCAAUACGGCCAGCAACCUCAGAAGCGGCUGGACCCUGACCAGAUGCCAAGCCCUAUUCAAGUUAUGGCUGACGACCAAGCAAGCCGAGGUGGUGUGUUUACUACCAAUGAGAAGGGUGCUGUGCCACCGCUAGUGACUACUGACUUCAUUGUCGACGAUAAGGGCAAUGCUAGCCCACGAUUCAUCAGAAGCUCGAUGUACAACGUGCCAGUUACAGCUGAUCUGUUGAAGCAGACCGCCAUGCCGUUCUGUCUUGUGAUAUCUCCCAUGGCAGAAAUCUACGAGCAAGAGCGACCACCGCCCCUCUUAGACUUCGCAGCGUUAACCGGGAGCCCAACAUUGGGCCCGGUUCGGUGCUCGCGGUGCAAAGCCUACAUGUGUCCUAACAUGAAGUUUAUAGACGCUGGGAGACACUUCAAAUGUGCUUUCUGCAAGGCUACUACGGAAGUACCCAUGGAGUACACACAGUACAUCAACAGUAUGCAACAGUAUGGCCAUGUGCCAGCAGAGAUGGCGCUCGGAGCUUACGAGAUCGUCGCCACCAAGGAGUACUGUCGAAAUAACACGCUGCCCAACCCGCCCGCCAUAGUAUUCCUAAUCGACGUGUCGUACAACUCCAUCAAGAGCGGCCUCGUCCACACAAUAUGCGAGAACAUACAGGAGAUCAUUGAGGCGAUACCCAAAGACGAGCAGACAGGCAAAAGCUGGACCCGUGUCGGUUUCAUCACAUACAGCUCUACCGUCCAUUUCUACAAUAUCAAGGGCUCCCUCGCGCAGCCACAAAUGAUGUCAGUGGGUGACGUUGGUGACAUGUUUGUACCCCUAUUAGAAGGGUUCUUAGUCACGCCAGAGGAAAGCGGUGUGGUUCUACAGGCGUUAUUACAGCAGCUGCCGAACAUGUUCGGGGAUAAUAAGGAGACGGAGACGAUUUUGCUGCCCGCUGUGCAGGCUGGUUACGAAGCGCUAAAAGCGGCCGACACGUCGGGCCAACUGCUGGUGUUCCACACAAGUUUGCCAUCCUACAACGCGCCGGGAAAACUCAUUAACAGGGAGGACCGGAAACUACUCGGCACGGAUAAGGAGAAACAGAUUACUUCGCCACAAACGACAGCCUACAACGAGUUAGGCCAGCUCUGCUCUCAAGCCGGUGUAGCUGUCGAGUUAUUUAUAUGCAACAACGCGUAUGUGGACUGCGCUACCAUCGGACAACUGCCCAGACUCACUGGCGGAGAGCUACACAAGUAUACUUACUUCCAGGCGGAUUUAGACGGGCCCAGGAUAGUGUCAGACGUGAUCCGCGUAGUGUCCCGUCCGACGGCACACGACGCCGUGAUGCGUGUGCGCACAUCUACCGGCGUCCGCGCUACGGACUUCUAUGGACACUUCUUCAUGUCCAAUACUACUGACGUCGAGUUAGCUGCUAUUGACGCUGACAAGGCAAUCGGCGUAGAAAUCAAACACGACGACAAGCUAACAGGCGAGGACGGUGUAUACAUACAAGCCGCCCUACUAUACACUCACAGGAGCGGUCAGAGAAGGCUUAGAGUACUGAACUUGGCCUUAGGAGCGGCGCCGCAGUUAGCUGAUGUCUAUAGAAGUAUGGAGUUAGAUACGACGCUCAACUUCCUCACUAAGCAAGCCGUCUGGGCGCUCAGAGAGCACACCCCGCGUCAAAUCCGCGAAGGCCUCGCCGCGCGCUGCGCGAAAUCACUCGCGGCUUAUAGGAGACACUGCGCUUCACCGUCUAGUGCUGGUCAAUUAGUUCUCCCUGAGAGCAUGAAGUUAUUGCCACUAUACACCAGCUGUGUAUUGAGAUCAGACGCGUUAGGAGCAGGCACAGACAUAACCUGCGAUGACAAGUCGUGCGCGAUCUACCGCACGCUAACGGCAGACGUGUCAACCUCCGUCGUGUACACAUACCCGCGUCUGUUGCCGCUGCAUCGUUUAGCUGAGGAGCCUUCGCUACAGCCGCUUAGGGCUUCCAUGGAUAAGAUGACCGACCAGGGGGUGUAUUUGUUAGAAAACGGCGUCCACAUGUUAAUCUGGGUGGGCUCGCAAGCUCCGCUCGACUUCGUGCGCGACGUAUUCGACGCCGCGUCCCCUCAACAAAUAGACACGCGAGUGUGCACGCUACCUGAGUUGGACAACCCGCUUAGCGUGGCUGUGAGGGGAGUUCUAGAAGAUGCGAUUAGGGCGAGAAGAAAGGCUAUGAGGUUAACCCUGAUGCGCCAACACGACAAGCUUGAGACCGUCCUCCGCCACUUCCUAGUGGAGGACCGCGGCGUGGAUGGCUCGUCCUCCUACGUAGACUUCCUCUGCCACAUCCACAAGGAGAUCAGGGCUUUGCAUUUGUACUAUUAACGCGCUUGACAGCGCGUAUAAUACGGUGGGUAAAGGCCUUAUGGCACCCAUUUGUCACAGUUAGGUUAAUGGUGCUAACCUAUUAUUUGUCACCGAAGGUUAGCUGAGUUAACAUACAGUUUGUCACCGUUGGACCGGGGUGUGGACGGACGUAGACUUUCUCUGCCACAUCCACAAGGAGAUCAGGGCCUUGCCUCGCUAUAGCAUUUGCACUUAAUAGCGCGUAUAAUGAGGUGGGUUUGUCACCGUUAGGUAUUACAGCGUAUUUGUCACCGUUAGGUUGCAGUGUUAACCUACUAUUUGUCACCGCUAGGUUAGCGGUGUUAACCUACUAUUUGUUACCGUUAGGUUACGGUGUUAAACUACAAUUUGUCACUGUUAAGCGGUAUGUUAAAAUUAACAAAACCUCCAUACUUACGACUUGACAACAUGCGAUUGGCGCUAGAUGCAUUUUAUCUACAAGGAGAUCCAAGCUUUACUAUAUUUGUACUAUACGCGUAUAAGAAGGUACGUAAAGGCCCUUGUAUUUAUAUUUUAACCUAAGAUUUGUCACCGUUAGGUUUGUGAUUGUAUAUACCACAACGUGUCGUGAGAGGCACUGACUAUGUUAGAAUACAAAAGGCCAUCCGAACAUUACUAUAACAUUGUAGUCACCCGCAUAAAUAAGUGACGAUUUCUACACCUUGCCAUAUUAACGAUUUAGGGCAGGUUGCAUCAAACACAUUUGACAGACACAUCAUCGUCCCGCAGCAGACGUCUAUGGAACUUUCCAUGCAAUAAAAUUUAACGAACGCUUUAACGGUGACAGACGGUUUGAUGCAACCGGCCUUAAGAGUGACAAGGUACAGAAAUCAUCACUUCUUUAUGACGGUGACUGUACUAAUUAGGUACGUGUUUAAACAGUAUGUAAGAAUCAAAUACUUCUGUGAAACAUGAAAACCAUUAACCGGCUACCAUUGUAAAUGCGAGGUAGUUUGGUACAUUGUUAAAACAUAUAUAUUUUGACGAAAAUAUACUAUGAAUGAGUGAAUGAAUGAGAAGUUAUCUGAUGUUAAAACAUUCGUUCUAUUCGACUGUAUGAACGAUUCAUGAAGACGCGUGUUUUGAUAUAUAAUGUCAUACAAUUAUAGGUUAGAUUUGACAAAAUUACGCGUCAACUUUCAUUGAAUAUGUAUUCAGUUCACCCGUUAUUUCAAAGCUAGGAUUUUGUAUUAUAUUGCAUAUCGUCACUACUUAAAAACUUGUAUCUUCGUCUGUCAAUGAAAAGAAAAUUGUAGUAAGUAUGUAUGGAAUGCAUAUAGACUUACUGCGUUUUAACUUUGAGGAGCAGCGUGAGAUACGAGAUUUUUUAAAAGUAGUGACGAUAUCUAUCUUUAUGUUGUAAAAUUAAUUUUGUUAAAAUUAUAGAAAUUAUAAUCGUUUAUGAACUGUAAAUAAAUUAUUGGCAUGAAAU